GCUCUGGCUCGGCCGCUGCUCAGUGCUCGCUGAGCGACUUCUCCGAAACAAAUUUCCGCUUCCUGCAUAAACAACAGCCACCAACGCGCACGAACCUCCGCAGGGGGAGUCAUUGCCGCCUGCUUUUAAAAAAAUAAUAAUUUAUUAUUUUAUCCGGGGGGUGGGGAACAAGCGCCCGACGACAGCGAUGUCUCCUCGGUCUUGGCGGUGAUUGGCACGAGAAACGGAGCAACUUUCCGUCGGCUGCACCAGCCGGAGCCGUGAAAAGAGAAGAAGAAGAAGAAAGAGGGAGAAGGAGAAGGAGCGACCUCGCUGGAGAAAGAGGGGCCCCCCUCGUUUGCUCCGUCUGAAAGCCCCCCCUUGCCAGCCUCGGGGAUGUCGGAGCGCGGAGGGCUCCCGCGGACCGGGGGCGUCCCCUCCCCGCACAUGCAGCCCUGCAAGCCGGUCAGCAUCUCCUCCAACCGCCCGGUCCACAUGAACCUGUACGCCACCUGGGAGGUGGACCGCUCUUCCCCCAGCUGCGUGCCCAGGCUCUUCAACCUGACCCUGAAGAAAUUGAUCAUGCUGAAGGAGCUGGACAAGGACCUCACCUCCGUGGUCAUCGCCGUCAAACUGCAGGGCUCCAAGAGGAUCCUGCGCUCCAACGAGAUCCUGCUGUCCUCAGCGGGGCUGACGGAGACAGACUUGCAGCUCACCUUCUCCCUGCAGUAUCCACAUUUCCUGAAGAGGGACGCCAACAAGCUUCAGAUCAUGCUGCAGAGACGGAAGCGAUACAAGAACCGGACCAUCCUGGGCUAUAAGACUCUGGCCCUGGGCCUCAUCAACAUGGCAGAGGUGAUGCAGCACCCGAGCGAGGGGGCCCAGGUCCUGGGGCUGCACAGCCAGCUGAAAGACGCCUCGGUGCCCGUCGCCGAGGUCCGAGUCUACUCUCUGUCCAGCCAGCCCAUCGAUCACGAGGGACCCAAGGCCAAGAUGUCCGAUCGCUCGCCUGACAUUGACAACUACUCUGAAGAAGAGGAAGAGAGCUACUCCUCAGAGCAGGAAGGCAGCGACGAUCCCAUCCACGGACAGUAUCUGUAUGACGAAGAAGACGAGGUGAGAAAGAAGAAGCCGAGGCGGAAGCUCCCUUCCAAUGCUGCCAUCACCAGACAACCCAACAUCAAGCAGAAAUUCGUCGCUUUGCUGAAAAGGUUUAAAGUCACAGAUGAGGUCGGCUUUGGCCUGGAGCACGUGUCGAGGGAGCAGAUCCAGGAGGUGGAGGAGGACCUGGAUGAGCUGUACGACAGCCUGGAGAUGUACAACCCCAGUGACAGCGGGCCGGAGAUGGAGGAGACCGACAGCAUCCUGAGCACACCCAAACCCAAGCUGAGGCCCUUCUUUGAAGGAAUGUCGCAGUCCAGCUCGCAGACGGAGUUUGGCAGUCUGAACAGCAAAGGCAGUUUGGGGCGAGACACUUUCAGUCCGCAGGGGGAGCAGCCUCCUCUGGAGAAGAUGAAACUUUCCCGCAGCCGGCAGCUGGAUGAGAUCCAGUCUGAAACAGACACUCUGGAGCUAACGGACCAGGAGCUGUUUGCCGAGGUGGGACCCUGCAUCAUGGUGUCGGUGGCAGAGAAACCACGCACACCCCUGAAGAGCAGCAAAAAUGAAAUCCAGCCCAUGUCGUCACCAAGGCUGGAGGGAGUCCACACCCCCAGGCAGAAACGCAGCGGCAGCACCCCCAUGAAGGAGAGGCAACUGUCCAAACCCCUCAGCGAACGCACCAACAGCUCGGACUCGGAGAGAUCCCCGGAGCUGGGACACAGCACACCGGUCUUGAGGAAAGCUGUGUAUGACCAGCUGAACCAGAUUCUGCUGUCAGACUCUGCGCUCCCCGAGAGCCUCAUCUUGGUGAACGGCACCGACUGGCAGGGGCAGUAUGUGGCAGAGCAGCUCCAAGGACAGAGGCACCCUGUGGUCUGCACGUGCUCAGCAGCAGAAAUCCAGGCAGUGCUGUCUGCCGUGCUUACACGCAUACAAAAGUUCUGUAACUGUAACUCGUCCAUGCCCAGAGCUGUGAAGGUGGUUGCCGUGGGCAGCCAGAGUUACCUGGGAGCCAUCCUGCAGUUUUUCGUCACUCAGCUGGCCAACAAGACGUCCGACUGGCUCAACCACAUGCGCUUCCUGGUGGUGCCUCUCGGCUCCCAUCCUGUUGCUAAACACCUUGGAGCCCUCGACAACCGCUACAGCUCGUCCUUCCUGGACGGGGCGUGGCGAGACGUGUUCAGUCGCUCUGAGCCACCUCAUACAGAUCAGUUGGACGUAGCAGGAAAAAUCACCCAAUACAUCAGUGGAGCCACAGUCACACACCAGCUGCCCAUCGCCGAGGCCAUGCUCACCUGCAAACACAGAACGCGAGAUGAAGACUCCUACCAGAAGUUCAUUCCUUUCAUCGGGGUGGUGAAGGUCGGCCUCAUCGAGUCCGGAUCUUCUCCAACAGGAGAUCAAGAGGAGGGCGUGGCGGUGAGCCUGGCUGUCCCCUCCACGUCCCCCCCAUCACACGGCUCCCCCACAGGGAUGAUCAAAGAGGCAGCCACACCCCCCUCCUCCCCCUCCAUGGGCAGCGUCCUAGCAGUGCAAGGGAGCCCCAGCAUGUCCCACAGCGUGGACGCCAUCGGCCUGCAGGUGGACUACUGGCUGGCCUCCCUGGCCGAGAAGCGGCGGGAGGGCGAGCGCCGCGACACGGGCUGCAAGAACACGCUGAAGAGCGCCUUCCGCUCGCUGCAGGUCAGCAGACUACCAGGAGGGGGCAGCAGCGACCCGCAGCCGCUGGUCAACACCAUGGCCAUGACUGUGGUCACCAAGGAGAAGAACAAGAAAGUUCCCACCAUCUUCCUGGGAAAGAAGCCCAAAGAGAAGGACGUGGACUCGAAGAGCCAGGUCAUCGAAGGCAUCAGCCGACUCAUCUGCUCGGCCAAGCAGCAACAGACCAUCCUAAAAGUGUCCAUCGAUGGUGUGGAGUGGAACGACGUGAAGUUCUUCCAGCUGGCGGCGCAGUGGCCCACCCACGUCAAAUACUUACCCGUCGGACUCUUCGGCUACAGCAAGCCUCCCUCGUAGGGUCGGGCUCGCUUCAGCCCCCCGACCGCCCACCUGACCGUGCACUCUCCUCAAUCCUGUCACACGCUCUUCUGCACGGAUCCCGCCCGCCGGCGCCUGCAGUUGUGCGUAACAGAUGUUAAGCAAGAAGCCGGACCGUUUACUUCGUUUACUUCCGCCACAGCUGCAGUCGUCUUAUUUCUCUUCAGGGACAGCGAGGACGAGGAGGAGGGUGGCGUUGGGGUGCAGCGCUGUUACUAGUCACUUUAAUGCCCCCUUUUUUUGUGUGAUUGUGUGUGCAGUGAGUGUGCAUGCACACGUGAAUGUAAAAGUGUGUGAGUGUGUGUGUUUUAAAAGGGGAUCACAGCACAAGUUUAUUAGCUAACUGCCAUUAACGUUUCCGUUCUAACGAAUGCAGCCGCAUGUAACAGCCAACUGGUUUCACGUUUAACCACCGACGCCUGAGCCCCCACCCCCACACGCAUGCGCCGAUCUCGCUGAUAACACAACUGAUGUGCCAGAAAACGCAUCUUAAAUUAAAAAAAAAAAGAAAAAAAAGUCAUGUUUGCAUGAACGAGUGCAAACAGGAAGUGUCCACAGCUCACAAAAUGCCACCAGACAAAAAAUAACAACAAAAUAAAGCUCCUACAAACCCUUUCAUAACAUUCAUACCCUUCUUUAAUUUCAAGGGCUUCCAUUUAACAGGUUUAAAUAGUUCUUCUCUGCACCAAAACAGGUCAUUUGGGUGUCUAAGUAAAAAAAAAAAGGAAAAAAAUGAGUAUAAACAUAAAGGGGAAGUGUCUUUUUCUUAAUCGUGCUGUAGUGAAAUGCAGUAAACCUUCCCGUUCAAGCUGUGUGAUGCCUAGUGGAUGUUAUAGUAUUAAAAAAAAAAUUUGAAA